CAAAAAGACCAUGCGAGUGAUGCGACAAUGCGACAUUGAAUGUGGAAUAUUGGUUCAGGAAUAUAGUUUACAAAAUCUAUUAUCAGAUGAUGAUGAUGUGCAUUAGCAGAGGAUAGACGAAGCUGAAGAUGAAGAUGAUGAUGACGAUGCGCAGCUGCAGCACAAGAGGUAUGCGUUCUUCUUGUCUUGCUAUCAACAAUUUCAAAGCCCUGUUUCAUUCGAGAGAAACCCAUCGUCCCAUAGUGAGCAGUGUUGAAGAUGCCGUGAACAUGUUCGACGAAAUGCUCCACUCACGUCCUCUGCCUCCUAUUAUACUCUGCAAUCAAAUCUUGACUGAACUCGUCAAAUUGGAGCACUGCUCGGCAGUCGUCUCUUUGAAUAGACAAAUGGGUCUGGUAGGAAUCGCUCCUAAUCACUACACUCUGUCUAUUCUCAUCAACUGCUAUGCACAUCUGCAUGAAAUGGGUUUCAGCUUGUCUGUCUUGGCACAGUUCUGUAAGUUGGGUCUUGAACCAACUGUCAUCACAUUCAACACUCUCAUCCACGGCUUUGUUCUCGACGAUAAUCUGCGUGAUGCUGCCCGAAUCUUCAUCAAAAUACUGGAGGCAGAUCAUUUUAAGCCUGAUGUGUAUAGUUUCACUACACUUAUCAAGGGUUUUUGCAUGGAUACACUCAUUGAUGAAGCGUUGAAAGUCUUCGCAGAAAUGAUUGAUGCUGGUGUUGCUCCGAAUGUUGUCACUUACAACUCAUUGAUUCACGGACUUUGCAAUGUAGGCCAGUGGAAACAAGCUACAAGGUUGCUUAAUGACAUGUCGAGUAAAGGCGUUUUUCCAGAUGUCAUCACCUUCAGUGUCUUGGUUGAUACAUUGUGUAAGGAGGGGAUGGUUGUCAAAGCCGAAAAUGCAGUUGAUAUGAUGAUUCAAAGAGGUAUUGAGCCUAACACGAUUACUUACAACUCACUUCUGCACGGUUAUUGUUUGCGGAGACAAAUGGAUAAGGCAAGACAGGUUUUUAAUCUUAUGAUUAGCAAGGGCUGCAUUGUUGAUGUUUGGAGUUGCAGCAUAUUGAUUCACGGGUAUUGCGAGGAUGAACAGAUUGAUCAGGCUAACAUGAUUUUUACGGAAAUGUGUCGUAUGGAACUAGCCAAUACUGUUACUUAUAACACUAUUAUUGAAGGCUUUUGCAAAGCGGGGAGAAUCCAAGAAGCUCAAAAGUUGUUCUCUGAAAUGCAAGCAGGUUGUGGCCAACUUCCAGAUGUGAGAACAUACAAUAUAAUGAUUCAUGGACUCUGUUACCACCGCUUAGUAACUGAAGCAGAAAAGCUGCUGACAGAAAUGGGAGGGAAAGGAUGUCCUCCAAAUGGUUGGACCUAUAAUAUCAUUAUCCGAGGUUUGUUAUAUAACCAUGAGAAAUCAUGGGCUAUGAAACUUUUUCAUGAAAUGAGGAGGCGUGGUUUCUCUGCACAUGCAUCAACUAAAGAAUUGAUAGUCACUUUUGGUCUAAGGAUGUAGUCGGGUUGUUGCAAAGCAGGGGAAUUCAAGAAGCUGAGAAGUUGUUAUUUAAGGUUCAAGGUUGUGGCCAGUUUCCGGAUCUUCCAAAUUAUGCUGUGUACUUAACGUAUCAGCAACUCUCUGCUGCAAGUAAAUUGCUUAAAGUGACGGAAGCACAACAAACUGAAAUUUACAGCUCCAGAGAGGAUGCCACAGCAAAGGAUUUGGCCCAUUUGGAAGCCAAAGGCAAAGAAUACUGCUUUUGAAGUGGAGCAAGACAUUCUACCUAUCAGCGAUACCAAAUUCAAUCAUAUGUUGAUGAUAGCUACCUUGCAAGGCCUUUGGAGGAAUGCAGAAUGACUAUUUAUGAAGAAAGGACUGCUGCUUUCAGAGCUGCACAGGGGCUUCAAA